UCAAGGCAUUCAUCCACAUCCUAAGCCUGGUAGAGGAGCCGUGUAACGAUUCAAGUAAAAUAGAACAGAACUGCGAGCUUACUAAGCGCUGCGAGACGCCCGGAGGACAAUGAAACGCAGCUAUAAUGGGUGUUUAUAGCAAAAAGGGAACUAUUACGAACUUAGCCGUCAAUCGUUUCUGAUUAUUUCUGCUGGUAGUAGACGGCAUCGGAGAUUUCGCAUCGUGCAGAAUUUCUAUGGUGUUCUCGUCCUCUCUGCGCGUGCACACAUAGAGGAUAUCUUUCUGUGGGAUUGAAACAAAACAGCUUCAACCAUGUCUGGCUCAGUGAAAGUGGCCGUAAGAGUACGGCCCUUCAACUCAAGGGAGACCAGCAAAGAAUCAAAAUGCAUUAUACAAAUGCAAGGAAACUCCACCACUAUUUUGAACCCCAAGAACCCAAAAGAAGGACCCAAAUCUUUCAGCUUUGACUAUUCUUACUGGUCUCAUACCUCGCCGGACGACCCCAGCUUUGCAUCACAGAGCCUUGUGUACAAUGACAUCGGGAAGGAGAUGUUGCAGCAUGCCUUCGAGGGCUAUAACGUUUGCAUUUUCGCCUACGGCCAGACCGGAGCUGGCAAGUCCUACACCAUGAUGGGAAAGCAGGAGGAGGGGCAGGAAGGAAUCAUUCCUCUGCUCUGUGAAGAUCUCUUCGAGAAAAUCAAUGACAAUAACAAUGAGGAGAUUUCGUACUCGGUGGAGGUGGCUUAUAUGGAGAUAUAUUGUGAGCGGGUAAGGGAUCUGCUUAACCCUAAGAACAAAGGAAACCUACGUGUCAGAGAACAUCCCCUGCUCGGGCCUUAUGUAGAAGACCUCUCGAAAUUGGCCGUCACGUCUUAUACAGACAUUGCUGACCUCAUGGAUGCUGGUAACAAAGCCAGAACUGUGGCCGCCACCAACAUGAAUGAAACCAGCAGCCGCUCUCACGCCGUCUUCACUAUCGUCUUCACCCAGAGAAGGCACGACACCGAUACAGAUCUGUCCACAGAGAAGGUCAGCAAAAUCAGCCUGGUGGAUCUGGCAGGAAGUGAACGUGCUGACUCGACAGGAGCCAAAGGAACCAGACUGAAGGAGGGAGCAAACAUCAAUAAAUCUCUAACCACUCUUGGAAAGGUUAUUUCAGCAUUGGCUGAAGUGGAUAAUUGUACCAGCAAGAGCAAGAAGAAAAAGAAGACUGACUUUAUUCCUUAUCGAGACUCAGUGUUGACAUGGCUGCUCAGAGAGAAUCUAGGAGGAAACUCCAGGACCGCUAUGGUUGCUGCUUUGAGCCCUGCUGAUAUUAACUAUGAUGAAACUCUCAGCACACUCCGAUACGCUGAUAGGGCCAAGCAGAUUAAGUGCAAUGCUGUCAUCAACGAAGAUCCCAACGCCAAACUGGUGCGUGAGCUUAAAGAUGAGGUACUCCGGCUGAAGGACCUCCUCCGUGCCCAGGGUCUUGGGGACAUUCUGGACAUCGAUCCGAUGGAGGAUGAUUGCCUUGGAAGUGGAAGCAAAUACCUGAAAGAUAUACACAACAAUAAGCAUAGAUACUUGCUUGCCUCAGAGAACCAACGGCCUGGCCAUUUCUCCACAGCACCUAUGGGCUGCCUGACAGCUUCUCCGUCCUCCGGGUCUUUGUGCAGUCAAGUAGGUCUACAGUCUGUUUCCAGCAUCCAGGAACGCAUCAUGUCUACGCCGGGUGGAGAGGAGGCCAUCGAGAGGCUAAAGGAGUCAGAGAAGAUCAUAGCUGAGCUGAAUGAGACCUGGGAGGAGAAGCUCAGGAAGACCGAGGCCAUCCGUAUGGAGAGAGAAGCGCUUCUUGCAGAGAUGGGUGUGGCCAUAAGAGAGGAUGGGGGAACCCUGGGUGUCUUCUCUCCUAAAAAGACACCUCACCUGGUGAAUCUUAAUGAAGAUCCUUUGAUGUCAGAAUGUCUGCUCUAUUAUAUCAAAGAUGGAAUAACAAGGGUGGGUCAGGCAGAUGCAGAAAGAAGACAGGACAUCGUUCUGAGCGGAGCACACAUAAAGGAAGAACACUGUAUCUUCCGCAGUGAGAGGAACGCCAAUGGAAAUGUGAUCGUCACAUUGGAACCCUGUGAAGGAUCUGAAACAUAUGUCAACGGCAAACGUGUGAAUUCGGCAGUCCAGCUGCGCUCAGGUAACCGGAUUAUCAUGGGAAAGAACCACGUGUUCCGGUUUAACCACCCCGAACAGGCUCGCGCUGAGCGUGAGAAAACCCCGACAGCUGAGACCCCCGUGGAGCCGGUCGACUGGACCUUUGCCCAAAGAGAACUGCUGGAGAAACAGGGUAUCGACAUGAAGCAAGAGAUGGAGAAAAGGCUAACCGAGAUGGAGAUCCUGUAUAAGAAAGAGAAAGAAGAGGCGGACCAACUACUCGAACAACAGCGACUGGAUUAUGAGAGUAAACUACAAGAGCUACAGAAACAGGUGGAGACGCGUUCACUGGCUGCAGAGACACCCGAUGAAGAAGAAGAAGAAGAGGAAGAGGAUGAAGUUCCCUGGACCCAACAUGAGUAUGAAUUGGCCCAGUGGGCUUUCAGGAAGUGGAGAUACCACCAGUUCACCUCGCUCAGAGACCAGCUGUGGGGCAAUGCUGUCUAUCUCAAAGAAUCCAAUGCCAUCAGCGUUGAGCUCAAGAAAAAGGUCCAGUUUCAGUUUGUCUUACUUACGGACACACUGUAUUCUCCGCUGCCCCCUGAGCUGUUACCGUCAGAGCCGGAGAAAGAGCGCGACGAAAGGCCUUUCCCUCGAACUGUGGUGGCUGUGGAAGUCCAGGACCUGAAGAAUGGAGCCACCCACUACUGGUCCCUGGAGAAGCUCAAGCAGAGGCUGGACCAGAUGCGAGAAAUGUAUGAUCGUGCUGGGGAGAUGGCCUCGUCCAAUCAGGGAGAAGAUGGGGAAUGUGCCCUGACUGGAAGUGACCCGUUCUAUGACCGUUUCCAUUGGUUUAAACUGGUCGGGAGCUCGCCUAUUUUCCACGGCUGUGUAAAUGAGCAUCUGGUGGACCGCACUCCUUCCCCCACCUUCUCCACCAGUGACUCUGAGAUUACAGAGCUGGCUGACGAACGACAGAGCGAGAUGAGCGACUUAAUAGAUGACGAGGCCUUCGUAGAUGACACCAGCUCGGAUGCUGGGACGGAAGAGGGCUCAGAUAUCUUCAGCGACGGGCAGGACCCCUUUUAUGACCGAUCCCCAUGGUUCAUCCUGGUGGGCAGAGCUUUCGUGUACCUGAGUAACCUGCUAUACCCUGUGCCCCUGGUGCAUCGUGUGGCCAUAGUAACAGAGAAGGGAGAUGUGCGAGGAUUCCUGCGAGUGGGGGUUCAAGCAAUCGCUGCUGAUGAAGAAGCUCCUGAUUAUGGAUCCGGUGUGCGUCAGUCAGGCACUGCCAAGAUUUCCUUCGAUGAUGAGUAUUUUAAAAAGAGUGAUUUCUCGUCUGUGGUCAUGACACGCUCCGGGCUCUCUUUGGAAGAGCUGCGAAUCGUAGAAGGCCAAGGUCAGAGUUCAGAGGUCAUUACCCCUUCAGAAGAGAUGAACAGAAUCAAUGAAAUGGACCUGAAGCUUGGGAACGUAGAAACAAAGCUGGGCGACAGCUUGGCAGAGCAUCUGGAGGUGGGCAGUACCUUCACCUUCCGCGUCACCGUCCUGCAGGCCAGCGGAGUCCCGCCUGAGUACGCAGACAUCUUCUGCCAGUUCAAUUUCCUACAUCGUCACGAUGAGGCGUUCAGCACAGAGCCGCUGAAAAACUCAGGAAAAGGUUCCCCGCUGGGCUUCUAUCAUGUACAGAAUAUCUCAGUGGAGGUUACAGAAUCCUUCAUUGAAUACAUAAAGACCAAUCCAAUUGUGUUUGAAGUCUUUGGCCAUUACCAACAACAUCCAAUGCACCUUCAUGGACAGGACAUGUUCAGCCCUUCACAGCCUUCCAGGAAGUACUACCCACCACCUAUGCCUCUGUCUAAACCAGUGCCAGCCACUAAACUGAACACCAUCACCAAGUCCAACCUGGGUCAGUGUGUGAGCAAGUAUGACCUGCUAGCCUGGUUCGAAAUCAGUGAACUGGAGCCCACUGGAGAGUAUAUUCCUGCAGUGGUAGAUCACACAGGCGGUCUCCCCUGCCACGGUACCUACCUACUGCACCAGGGCAUCCAGCGAAGAAUCAUAGUCACGCUGAUCCACGAGAAAGGCAGUGAGCUGCACUGGAAGGAUGUCAGAGAGCUGGUGGUUGGUCGAAUCAGGAAUAAACCAGAAGUGGACGAUUCGGCUACCGAUGCAGUCCUGUCUCUGAACAUCAUCUCGGCUAAAAACUUGAAAUCUUCCCACAACUCCAGCAGGACCUUUUACCGUUUUGAGGCAGUGUGGGACAGUUCCCUCCACAACUCUCUCCUGCUGAACCGCGUCACCCCAUACGGAGAGAAGAUCUACUUGACCCUGUCUGCAUAUUUGGAGCUUGACCACUGUAUCCAGCCUGCUAUCAUAACCAAGGACAUCUGCAUGGUCUUCUACUCCCGUGAUGCUAAGAUCUCCCCUCCACGCUCCCUGAGGAACCUGUUUGGCAGUGGUUACUCCAAAACCCCUGACUGUAAUAAAGUAACUGGCGUCUAUGAGCUCAGCUUGUGCAAGAUAGCCGACACAGGAAGCCCAGGCAUGCAGCGCCGAAGAAGAAAGAUUCUGGAUACGUCAGUGGCUUACGUGCGUGGAGAGGAGAACCUGGCUGGCUGGAGGCCCAGAGGAGACAGUCUGAUCCUCGAGCACCAGUGGGAACUGGAGAAACUCGAGCAGUUGCAUGAGGUGGAGAAGACCCGUCACCUGCUGCUGCUCCGUGAGAAACUGGGUGAGACGACUCCUCUUAAAUCUUUGAGCGAGUCUCUGUCUCCCAGUCUGAGCAGUGGAACCCUCAGCACCUCCACCAGCAUCUCCUCUCAGAUCUCCUCCACCACCUACGAAAGCGCCAUCACGCCUAGCGAGAGCAGCGGAUACGACUCCACAGACAUCGAGAGCUUGGUAGACCGUGAGAAGGAGUUGGCCACCAGGUGCCUCCGGCUCCUGACGCACACCUUUAACAGUGACUAUAACCAGAUGUGCAACAGCAUCAGUGAUUGCAAGUUAUCAGAUAUCUCUCCUAUGGGCCGUGACCCAUCAGUCACUAGUUUCAGCAGUGCCACUCUCACCCCAUCCUCCACCUGCCCUUCUCUAUCAGACUCUCGAACCCCUGAAGCUAACUCUCGCGCCACCAGCCCUUCCUGUUCCGACUACGAGAACUUCCCCAUGGUGCCCAUCCUGGAAACAUCCUACCUGGCACGUGCCGGCAAACACGAGUUCCUAAACCUUUUGCCUGAUAUCGAGGAAAUGAGACCUGGGUCUGUGGUGUCUAAAAAGGGAUUCCUCAGCUUCAUGGAGCCCCGUUCUAACUCUUGGGUAAAGCACUUUGUGGUGGUUCGUCGGCCAUACGUGUUUAUCUACAACAGUGACAAGGACCCGGUGGAGAGGGGCGUGCUGAAUUUGUCAACCGCCCAGGUGGAAUACAGCGAAGACCAGCAGGCCAUGCUUAAGACACCCAACACAUUUGCUGUGUGCACUAAGCACAGAGGGAUUCUGCUCCAGGCUAAUAAUGACAAGGACAUGAAUGACUGGCUGUAUGCCUUCAACCCACUGCUAGCGGGAACAAUAAGGUCAAAGUUGGCGAGGAGACGGUCCGGUCUGAUGAAGAACUAAGCGGGCGAUCUUCUCUCGUGCUAAAAUAGUGCUCAUAUUUUCUCUGUCUACCUUUACAACGUACCAAGUGUGUGAAGACUUCUAAAUCUUUGUGGUUCUUGACAGUUUCUCUUGUAUGUAGACCUGUGGCUCUCUUCUCCUCUCCAACAAAUGAACUUUCAGUGAACACCAAACUCCUCCCUCUCUCGAUUUCUCUCCCAACCCAUUGUGUUAUUAAUCGGAUUGAUUCUGUCUUCAGUUUUGUCACAACCGAACCUCCUUCAAGUAGCAUGUUGUAAUAGUCUUUGUGUGUGCACGAAUCUUCAGAGCAGGUUCUUCUUUAUCUUGAGUUACUCUUGUCUGUGAAGAUCGUCCUUAACAGUGUUGUCCGCCGGGAACAUCUCGCUCUAAGCCUUGAGAGAAAGUUGGUUUGCUAUAAAAGCCCCUAAAAUAUUCUGUUGGGUCAAAAUAAAUAAUAAUAUUAACUUAAUGAUCAACUUUCUCUGAUAUAAGAUAUAAAAAGAAAAUGGCUUUGCUUCAGAUACCGAGUUCGCUGAUGUACCAACAAGGGAUCUAUUUAGUGUAUAAAAAAAUGAAGAUGUUUAGAUGGACCAAAGCACUGCUUAAAGAUUUGUUUUGUUUUUUAUAAAAUUGAAUGUUAUUUCAGUAUUGGCUUAAUGGAUUUGCUAAAUCUGAGCAAGCUGUGAUAGAUAGUUGAGGCUUAUGCCGUGUACAUACACCAGUUUAUUCAUAGGACCUGAACCGUACCAUGUCGCAAUGUCGCUUGGCACAAAAUCCAAAUAUCAAGGAUGUAAAACAUAACAUUUGCAACGUAUGUAAUCGUGAGAAGUACGAUAGCAGGGAAAGACGGUGGUGAUAUCUCAGUUUUCUGUAGCUUGCAGGAGGGUUGUGCUCGACAUGAGUCCCUCAGUAGAUUAGGAAAACAAUGGUGCAAAAAAUUACCUUAACCAGAACAUCAGUCUGAAUGGAAAUCUGUACAUAAUUUCUCAUGAAAAAACAGUCCUUGCUUUUUGUUCUCACUGUAUUACUAAGAGACAAUGCAUAAGGCCACAGUGGCUGUGAUGGUUUGCCUAUAAGUUUUGGAUUUUUUUGAAGGAGAUAUGUUUAAGUAAGAUACCGAUUGGUUACAAAUGAAUGAUAGAUUGUCGGUUUUGCCUCUGGCCAAGUAAAAAAGCUUAAGUACUCCAUAAACCUCAACAAAAAAAAUCAUUAAACCAGCCUUUCUUCCCCACUACAGUACAGUAUGAGAGGGGUUUGGAUUUUCCUAUCAUUGAUCAUUCAGUGUAUCUCUUAACUGUACUGAUUAUCUUAACUUAUUUUUAACAACAUACAGUGUUUUACAUUAUAUGAAUGGCGAAUUCAUUCUGUACAGUGGAAGGCUGUGCAAGGGCACUCACACUUUAUUCAGUGGUUCUCUGUUGCUUAUUUAAACAUAUCUACUUUGACCACUAACACUAAUGUUUGUUUCAUCACUGUCGGUAGAAAAUGGGUUUUGAAGAAAUUGGCACUGCACAGAUCGUAUAUGCAGGCAAUAUUUGCAGUGAAGGGAACAGAUGGUCUGUGUUUUGCUUUUUAUUGUUGUUAUGAAAAUCUUUGCUCUGUAGGUUUUAAAGGAUAGGCAGUGAAAAUCGUGAAAUCGCCAGAGUUAUAGUCUGGUGAAAUGGAUUUGAUUUUGGGUGUGUACGAGUCCUCUGGCCAAACAACCAGCAGGAAUUACUGCCCAUCAGAUUCAGACAGAAAGGUCAAGUCAAUAUUCUUGCUGCUUAUAGACACAUUUUCACAGAGAAAGCAUGAAAACAGCUUGGGAAAAUUUGGCCUUUGGGUCGGGUAACCCAAGGAGCUUUACUGAGCUGUUUGAAUGUUACAGCAUCUGUAAAAAUGUUCAUAUUGAAUAUUAUAAAAAAAAAAAAAUGAGUUCAUAAUGUUUGCAUUGAAGGUACAAGUUAACUUAUGAAGAGUGUGUUACAUUUAUUUGUCAGGGCAAAGAUUUUCAGCAUUUUCUACCAUCUUUGUUGAGUGAUUUGUGUAUAGAUAUUCAUAAUGAAUUUCUUUAUCUGUAUUUAUUUUGCAAUGUAUAUAUAUAUUAGUUUGCAGCUCUUUGCACAUAAUAUGUGUUUAUACAACUAACAGAUCAAAUAAAGCUUGAACUAUGUUUUGGUUGUUUUCCCAAAAGGAAAAUGGUUUUAGAUUUUGAUGUUUUACUCUUUGAAUGUACCUUAAACGCAUCAGACAAGGGAUAAAAAGAUUUUUAUUAGGGACUGACUAUUGAGGUUUAUUUUUUUAAUAGAGCUUUUCUUCAUCACAAUUUGGCUAUAGUGUAAGAGCACUUAAUUUAAGAUUAGAGAUAUAGUUAUUAAGAGCAGAUUUAUGAUGAAGAUUGUUAGUUUUAUUUUCUAAAAUCAGGGAAUAAACUUUUUUGUGCUCAGUCAUGCAUUUUCCCAUACUGCCUUUAAAGCAAACCUUGCAUUAUAACAUCAUCACCCCCCCCCCC